GCAGCGGCGGCACUUCCCGCCCCUCCGCUCGGCCCCGCGGAGCCGGACGGCGAUGGCGGCGGCGCCGGAGCUGCGGGAGGCGCUGGCGCAGCGGCUACGGGACUUGGACAUCGCCACGGUCACCGCCGACCACCCCGAGGUGUUCACUGUUGAAGAAAUGAUGCCUCAUAUCCAACACAUGAAAGGAGGUCACAGUAAAAACCUUUUUCUUAAAGACAAAAAGAAGAAAGGGUUCUGGCUGGUGACUGUUCUGCACAACAGGCAAAUCAAUUUAAAUGAUCUUGCUAAAAAAUUGGGUGUUGGAAGUGGAAACCUAAGAUUUGCUGAUGAAAAGAUGAUGCUGGAAAAACUGAAAGUGGGCCAGGGCUGUGUGACCCCCCUCGCCCUUUUCUGUGACCAUGGGGAUGUGAGGUUUGUGCUGGAUGCUGACUUUCUGGAAGGUGGCCAUGAAAAGGUGUACUUUCAUCCAAUGACAAAUUCUGCAACUAUGGGCUUAAGCCCCGACGACUUGUUGAAGUUUGUGAGAUCAACAGGCCAUGAUCCCAUCAUCUUACAUUUUGAUGAAGAUGUUAAGUAGAUUUCUAUUACUAGACACAGAUUUUGUAUGAGCAAAAUGGGCACAAAUCUCUUUACAAAUAAAAUUUGAAAAGCCAAGCAUUA